ACGAAAUCAAAGUCACUUAAUUUGAGCUCUAGGAAAAUUACACUUCUUCCAGAGGUUUUUGCGAGGCUGACAUGGAUUGUUGUAUUAAAGCUGAAUAAUAAUUCCCUGUCGAGUCUUCCGUCUGAACUGAUGUGUUUGCAGAAGGUGAGUUCGUUUUAUCUGUAUCAUAGCUUUAAUACUUUUCAAUACUAAUAUUAUUAUUCUAUGAUAGAGCCCAAAACAAAAUAUGAGCCAUACUGAACAGAAGAGAAAAAAAAAAACAAGUUUGACUAAUAAUAAAACAUUGGAAGCGAGAAACAGCGCAAUAAAUGAAUUGUAUAUUAUUUGCAUGUAUCAUAGAAGAUAAUGAACUUAGAUUAACUUUACUGCAUACAUUGUGUAUAGUCAAUACUUUCAUUUUCAUUGUGUAUUAAUAGUUGACAGAGCUCAAUCUGGGAAAUAAUGCUCUUGAGGAGAUCCCACCCGUCUUAAAACACUUAAGUUGUCUAAAUAAGCUUUAUUUAUAUGGAAACAAAAUCAUCCAUUUGCCCCCAGAGGUGCUGGGUAAGAUCAGACUCUUUCAUAUUCAGGUUUGUUUUAUUGAAGCGGGUCAGUAGUGCUGAUUGCGUUGUGUUGUAUUUACAGAGGGCCUACCAAACCUUGAGCUUCUCAAUUUGAACCACAAUAGAAUCAAAGUAAUUCCUGCAGAAAUAAAAAGGCUGUGUAGUCUAAAAAGCAUCAGUGUCACAGACAAUCUUUUGCAGCAGAUUCCAGCUGAACUGGGCUUGAUGAAGUGUUUGACUGAGAUUAACUUCACGAAUAAUAAACUGACUCAAAUACCACAGCAGUUAUACAGUUUACCACAGCUGAGGAAAUUAUAUUUAGCCCGAAACAACCUGACAGAACUACCAGAGGGUGCUCUUGGUUGGAAAAAUCUUAAGAUCUUGGAUGUUGCCGGAAAUCGUUUAUCUGUGUUUCCAGUUGGUUUUCAGUUUCUCACACUGGAGGAACUAUUCUUUGAAGGAAACCAUUUAGUUCCAUUCACACUGAUGGAGUCUGUUCAAGAGAAAGAAGUCCUCUCAUUAAAGGAGCUCUCGGCCAGGCUGAUCCUCCAGCAGAGCACUAAUGAGUUGUCAGUGGUGUCCAGAGCUCUGCCAGCGUACCCAGAGCUGCAGGACAUGCUGUCUCACUGGGGCCAGUGUGCUCUGUGCUCACAGCCCUUCCUCACCACCUGGCUGGAGUGUGUGCAGUUCAUCAACACCAGGAAGCACAUGGGGAUGAAAAGCUCUCAGUCUGUUCCAGUCAGAGUUCUUCUGUGUUCCUACGACUGCUUCAACAGAGAUGACCAUCAGUACUAUGGGCUUGUACGAUUAUAAAUUAAAAAAUGCAUCUUUUUACCCCAUGACUGAUCAUGAUAAUUUUUU